UCACCGAGUCUUGCGAAGCGAAGCGAGUAGCACAUGUUUCAAUCAAAAGUGCGAUGCCCCCCGUGGCUAUAAAAGGUCCUACCACCAUGUCGUCGAGUGCCAUCCUUGUCAUCAUUGUUCAACAUGAUGUGGGCCCUUGCGUCCCUCCUGCUUGCAGGUCUUGCCCGAGCAGCUAUCCCCAACGCCAUGCUUCGCGGCAUGCCUUCUCUCCCAAAGAUCCCAGUGCCGGCUCGUUCUAACACUUCGCCGAAUGGCACAGCACUCCCACCCAUUACGACCGUCUAUUACUUUGAUCAGCUCAUCGACCACAAUAGUCCAGACCUCGGGACCUUCCAGCAGCGAUACUGGAUGAACUGGGAGUUUUACGAGCCCGGUGGUCCCAUCGUCUUGAUGACACCUGGAGAAACUGACGCGGAUGGCUACGAGGGCUACCUCACCAAUGAAACCAUCAAUGGCCUCAUUGCUCAACAACAGAGUGGUGCAGCCGUCCUUGUCGAACACCGUUUCUUUGGCUACUCCAAUCCAUAUGACAACCUCACGUCGCAAUCUCUCGCCCUCCUUACCAUCCAGCAAGCCAUUGAUGAUCUCGAUUAUUUUGCCAAUACCGCUGACCUUCCCAUGCCUGGGGGCGAUGCUGUGAAACCAGGUCAGGCACCAUGGAUACUGAUUGGAGGAAGCUACUCGGGGGCCCUCACGGGUUGGACGAUGGUCAACAAACCGGGCCUUUUCUGGGCCGCAUAUGCAUCUUCUGCGGUCGUAGAAGCAAUCACUGACUAUUAUGGGUAUUUCACCCCUAUUCGCGAGUACAUGCCACAGAACUGUUCCUCUGAUGUGGAGGCAGUGAUCAUGUACCUGGAUGGGUUGUACGCGGCUAACAACACAGCUGGAAUCCAGACCCUCAAGGACGCAUUUGGCCUUGGCGAUGUUGUACACGUAGAUGAUUUCGCCAGUGCACUUCAAUACAACCUGUUCGAUUGGCAAUCUCUGCAACCUGAUGUCGGUCCAGGAGCAAUGUUCUUCGAUUUCUGUGAUGCACUCGAGGUCAAGGACGGCGUCAGUGCCGGACCUGAAGGAUGGGGUCUUGAAAAUGCCAUCUACUCUUGGGGCAACUUCUGGAAUACCACCUACUACAACUAUGUCUGUGGAUCCGAGGAUGCUGAAACCUGUCUUGGGACGUAUAACGCGACCCAGUCCUUCUAUACUAAUGUUACCAUAAAUAAUGCUGAGAGGUCGUGGUUUUGGAUGGUGUGCAACCAAGUCGGAUGGUACCAGGUUGGCCCUCCUGAAGGCCAGCCAGCGAUUGUGAGCCGCAUCCUCCAACCCAUUUACGAAGAGCGCCAAUGCGUAGACAUGUUUCCUCAAGCCUUCGCCUAUCCACCUCAGCCAACCACUACAGAGACCGACAUGAUGUAUGACGGUUGGAACCUCGAUGUUCCGCGCCUCUUCUUCGCCAAUGGCCUACGUGACCCUUGGCGCGAGGCAACUGUCUCUGCUGAUGGACUAUAUAAGGCCAAUACUACCAGCAUGCCGAUCUAUGAGGGCGAUGGAUUCCAUUGCUCGGAUCUGAUCACGGAGAAUGGCAUCGUAGACCCGACCAUUGCGGUCGUGCAGGCAGCAGGAUUGAUGUACAUGAAGGAGUGGAUUGCUGAGUGGACGCCGUCCGCAUGAUUAAAUCAUCGGGACUCUUGGUUAGACAAGUUAUUUAUAUUAUAGUACUAACUUAUGUUUGGGGAGAAGUGUCAAUGUCAAUACACAGUGCAUUUCAUUCUUCAAGGACGUUGCAGCCACCCCAUUUUCUCUGUAUAUGAUCAAAAUGGAAAGAUACUCCUCGCACUCUGUUCCUUCAAUGGCCCAGCACCAACUACCUCAGUGGAUAUCAGCGUGCGGCAUUCUCGACAAUUAAUUACAUAAAUUUCACACUAAUUCCACAUCGAACCGAUAUUAAUAUUUCUUCCCUGGAAGCUUCGACCAUUUACGUGCGGCGGCGGUCUGCACACCGCCAUCACCUCGAGGACCGCUUCACUCCUAUUACAACAUGACCCACGAGUCAGG